CGCCGCCUCAUCCUCACCAAUCAGCGGGCAGCAUUCUUUGAACAGCAAUGUCGGGCACAAUGAAGCCGAGAGGAAAUCACACUCCUCCUAAUGAAUCCAGCGAAAUGUCCAGCAACACGGACUGCGUGCGUGUGUUGCUGAAGCUGCUAGCAGACUUCGGGAAAGAGCUCAAAUUAGGCGAUUCUGCAUUGAGAAUAGAAGUCAACACUGAUGCUGUGAAGCCUCCAUCCUCAGCUGCUAAUGUUUACAGCUCUUUGCAGGAAUAUAUCACUAAAUUACAGGCUGUUUCAGAAAGCUUAAAGACACUGGUGGAUGCCGAUAGUGAUCGAUCAUCUGCAAGGGACAACACAUCAGAUGAGGCAGUCACCACAUCUUCACUCAAAGAGCAGACGACUGCAAUGUCUGAGCACCACCCUCCCAGCUCAGAGGCUACAGAAAGCACGGCGGCUGCUGAUGACGUCAUGGUUCAGAUCAGAGCCGGGAAGUCAGAGAUUGAGCGAAGAAUAUCUGCAUUUAUGGAACGCAAGCAGAUGGAGAUCAAUGAAAACAAUGUGCGCGAGUUUUGCAACGUGAUCGACUGCAAUCAGGAAAACAGCUGUGCCCGAACAGAUGCAGUAUUCACUCCUUAUCCAGGUUUUAAAAGUCAUGUGAAAGUUACACGGGUGGUAAACACAUAUGGGCCCCAGACUCGUGGUGGGGGAGGCCCUGGAGAGGCCGGGCAGCAGAAGAGGGGGCCAAUGGAGAGACACUGUGGAAACGCAGCCAUAGAAGAACGACUACACAACAUCGAGACUCACCUGAAACUCCCAACAGCGGGCCCUGUCCCAUUGAGCGUCUACCAGAGACUGAAGAAGCUGGAGGAUCGUAUCCUGGAGUUGGAAGGACUCUCACCCGAGUACUUUCAGUCCACGAGUCACCUGCACAAGCGACCAAAGACAUCCCCUGCUCAGGUCUGCAGCCUGACAGAGCUAGACGAGAAGAUCAGUGCAGUGAAAGCAGCGCUACUGAAGAGGGUGAAUGAAUUUGGGCCUGGAUAUGGAACAGAGUUUCCACUGUAACAAACAAACCAGUGCUCCAAACACAAUACAUUUGUUAAUGCAUUCAGCAUGUUUCCUCUAUUUCUUUUUCUAUUCCUCAGCGACUCAUUAAGACUGUUCUAAACAUCGAUGAGAUUAAAAUCACAAAUUAAAAAACUCAUGGCCACAUAUGAGCUUCGUUUUGUGGCCAUGAUACAUCUUUGAAUAUCAAAGUAAUUAUUCCUCUAAAUAGUUUUGUAGUUAAGUGAAACAUAAUUGCUCUGUAAAUAAAAGAUAUUUUUC